GCUCCAGCUCAGACUUCAGGCCAACAAACACUGCUCUUGGAGCGGUGGCUGACGAGAUCCAGUGCCGGGGGAGCAAGCAUUCUCCUAAAGCGGGGAAAGGGAAGCAGCUCGAUCGCCCUCCUCGCGCUCUUUCACCAGGAAAAGAUGGAGAGGAUGCAAGGAGAGGGAGAGGUGGACCACCUGGAGCGACCGAGUCCGCUGACUGAGAAGGAGAAGGUGAUGAUCCAGGACUCCUGGGCAAAGGUCUACCUGAAGUGUGACGAUGUCGGAGUGGCCAUACUCAUCAGACUGUUUGUGAACUUCCCCUCAUCCAAGCAAUACUUCAGCCAGUUCAAAGACAUCAAGGAGCCGGAGGAGAUGGAGCGGAGCGCCCAGCUUAGGAAGCACGCAUGCAGAGUCAUGAACGCCAUCAACACGCUGGUGGAGAACCUGGACGACCCCGACAAGAUGGCCUCUGUGCUGAAGAUGGUUGGCAAAGCCCAUGCUCUUCGACAUAAAGUGGACCCGGCAUACUUUAAGAUCCUCAGUGGUGUUAUCCUGGAGGUUUUAGGCGAGGUCUUUCCCGACGUCAUAACCGCGGAGGCGGCGGCGGCGUGGACUAACUUCUUGGCCACGGUCUACGCCGGUGUCACGUCUGUCUACAAGGAAGUGGGCUGGGCCUCGACAGGGUGAAGGUUUCACUGGGUUACGGUACGGCACCCUGAGACCUCUGACUGUGUGACCUGGUAGCAGUAUGACUAUAGACCAUACAUGACUAUAUAGAACAUGACAUAUCUCCGAAACAAUAUCGUAAUUUUCAGGCUAUGGAAGAACACGUUCUCUCCCAACGCCAGCUGCUUUUAUGCACCUGGAUCAGACUAGAAGUGACAAAACUGGAAAUUGCUGUUACCGCAAAAAGAAAAACCAAACCAUUCCGAGCGAGUAAAAGUGACAAAAUUUGCACAAAGGACACAUUUGAAUCGUGGAGUGUGCCUUGCGCCACCAACGUGUACAGUGAAUAUCCUGACAUUAACAUGUAAAUAUCCAACUUUCUUGAACGUUGCGUGAUGUUUCGCUCAAGUAUGUCACCACUUGUGUUCGCCAUGCGAUAUUACUGCGGCUAGCAAGACAUUUUUAAAUUUCUAACAAUAUCCAUUGUAGAUUUUCUCAUGAUGACACACCUUUGUAUCGAUAUUUACCAGCAUUUUCAAAUAAACGCAAAAAAGAGAA